GUUAGCAUAACUUGUGCGUAUUCUCACUCAUUCGCGAGACUCUUCUGGCUCGUGGUAUUGACCUCUGAAGCACUCUUUAUUGUGGCUGUAUGUAUAGUGUUUCAUUCUCGCCAAAAGGCCCUCACACCGAGACAUUGCUUUGUUGUUUUGAUAGAGGUUUAUUUUCUCGAGGAAUUCUCGGUUUGUUGCAGUGUUCUGUAUUGUUUUGCUCAUGUGUGUUAUCGUGACGGUUAAGUGGCGGAAAAUCACUAGGGAAUGCAAAGAGGGGCAAGAGUGAAAAGUUUGUGAUGGCUAAAACACAGAGGCGCACAGACGAGGCCACGAUAGAGUACGAGCGCGUGUUUGGUCACGUGGCAUCAUUUGGAACCUAUCAAAAGGCUCUCUACUGUGCCGUCAACUUCCUCGUCUUACCCAUAAGCCUUCAGUUCGGUAACCUGCUCUUCAGCUUCGGCGCUCCUGCCUUUCAUUGCGUGACUCCAAAUAUCACGUGCCCCACCAAGAAAUGUUGCGCCAACUGUACAGCGUACACAUUCGACGGCCCUUUCACUAGUAUAGUUAAUGAGUGGGACCUCGUCUGCAAACGUGCCUACAUCGCCGCCACAACUCAAGCGAUAUUCUUUGUGGGGAUGACCGUGGGCUCAGUUUUGUCUGGGAUGCUCUCAGAUGCAAUUGGGAGAAAAAUAUCACUGGGACUGAACUCCGCCCUCAUGGUAAGUACGGCGACUAAAAUAUCACUGGGACUCAACUCCGCCCUCAUGGUAAGUACGGCGACUAAAAUAUCACUGGGACUCAACUCCGCCCUCAUGAUAAGUACGGCGACUAAAAUAUCACUGGGACUCAAUUCCGCCCUCAUGGUAAGUACGGCGACUAAAAUAUCACUGGGACUCAACUCCGCCCUCAUGGUAAGUACGGCGACUAAAAUAUCACUGGGACUCAAUUCCGCCCUCAUGGUAAGUACGGCGACUAAAAUAUCACUGGGACUGAACUCCGCCCUCAUGGUAAGUACGUCGACAAAAAUAUCACUGGGACUCAACUCCGCCCUCAUGGUAGGUACGGCGACAAAAAUAUCACUGGGACUGAACUCCGCCCUCAUGGUACGUACGGCGACUAAAAUAUCACUGAGACUCAACUCCGCCCUCAUGGUAGAUACGGCGACUAAAAUAUCACUGGGCUUAAACUCCGCCCUCAUGGUACGUACGGCGACUAAAAUAUCACUGGGACUCAACUCCGCCCUCAUGGUACGUACGGCGACUAAAAUAUCACUGGGACCAAACUCCGCCCUCAUGGUACGUACGGCGACUAACAUAUCACUGGGAAUCAACUCCGCCCUCAUGGUACGUGCGGCGACUAAAAUAUCACUGGGACUCAACUCCGCCCUCAUGGUAGGUACGGCGACAAAAAUAUCACUGGGACUGAACUCCGCCCUCAUGGUACAUACGGCGACUAAAAUAUCACUGGGACUCAACUCCGCCCUCAUGGUACGUACGGCGACUAAAAUAUCACUGGGACUCAACUCCGCCCUCAUGGUAGGUACGGCGACUAAAAUAUCACUGGGACUCAACUCCGCCCUCAUGGUAGGUAGGGCGACUAAAAUAUCACUGGGACUCAACUCCGCCCUCAUGGUAAGUACGGCGACUAAAAUAUCACUGGGAAUGAACUCCGCCCUCAUGGUAAGUACGGCGACUAAAAUAUCACUUGGACUGAACUACGCCCUCAUGGUAAGUACGGCGACUAAAAUAUCACUGGGACUCAACUCCGCCCUCAUGGUACGUACGGCGACUAAAAUAUCACUGGGACUCAACUCCGCCCUCAUGGUACGUACGGCGACUAAAAUAUCACUGGGCUUAAACUCCGCUCUCAUGGUAAGUACGGCGACAAAAAUAUCACUGGGACUCAACUCCGCCCUCAUGGUAAGUACGGCGACUAAAAUAACACUGGGACUCAACUCCGCCCUCAUGGUAGGUACGGCGACUAAAAUAUCACUGGGACUGAACUCCGCCCUCAUGCUAUGUAGGGCGACAAAAAUAUCACUGGGACUCAACUCCGCCCUCAUGAUGGUCUUCUCGUUCGCGGCCUCAUUCGCCAACUCCUAUCCGCUUCUGACCGUCCUCCAGUUUUUCGUUGGCGCGACUCUAACCGGCACCAUGCUGUCUAUUUACACCUACGGCAUGGAGAUCAUCGGACCGGACAAGCGGACACUUGCCGGCAACGCGAACGAGGUUUUCUGGACUGUCGGCAACACUAUGAUCGUCGUCAUCGCAUACUUUAUUCGAGACUGGCGCUGGUACAUGAGAAUCUCGGGGCUGCCGUCUAUCUUGUUCCUCGUGUUUUGGAGGUUACUCCCAGAGACACCAAGGUGGCUUAUUGCGCAUGGGCGGCUGGAAGAGGCACGUGAUGUUCUUAUCAAAUACGGCUCUUGCUCCAACACGAAAUCUCUAGACCCAGAAAUGCUUGGCAACCUAAUCCACGAGAUUCGGGAGAACCAGUUACACAGAGCGCGAAAGAGAGGGAAGGGGUUUACAAUACUUGACUUGUUCCGGACACCCAAGAUGCGGAAAUGGACGCUUAUACUUGGCUUCAACUGGUUUGUCAUUGGUUUGUCGAGUUUUGGCUUUGUUCUCUACGUCACAGCCCUGGCCGGUGAUCUCUAUCUGAACUUCAGCUUACUUCAAAUCGUUCUUCCCACAGUGCAGAUCGCGCCUGUCUGGUUCAUUUUGCACAGGUUCGGUCGUCGCAUUCCUCAUUUCUGCAUUCUUCUUCUCGCUGGUCUUGUUUGUCUACUUAUUAUUCCUAUUCCUAAAAGGUACUCAAUGGUCCUCACUGGUAUAUCUGUGCUGGGAAAGUCUCUAGUGGGCAGCGGUUGGACCACGGUCUAUCUAAUUACUUCCGAGUCCUAUCCCACAAUCCUCAGGAAUACUGCGCUAGGAACAGGUUCCCUGUGUGGACGUCUAGGGGCGAUGAUUGCGCCAUACGUGGCGAUGAUGGCACAGCUUCCAUCAGUCAGCCUCACCGUCCCAGUCAUCAUAUUCGGUGGGGUGGCUGUGGUGGCUAGUGUGACGUCAUUGUGGAUACCAGAGACACAUUAUGCUCCAAUGCCUCAGACAAUCGAAGAGGCUGAGAACCGGGAAGACUUCUACGGAAUUCCUUGCUGUUUGAAAAGCGUCGAGCUUGAAAGUAGUGAAAAUAUUAGCCCUGAGGAGUGGAAUGUCGAUGGACUUGUUGAAACACAGCUGUGAUUUCUUGGGAAAUUACGAAUGAAGUUCCUUUCGGUCAAAAGGUAUAAAGAGGUGUGUGAGUUCUAAAGCCUAGUCCCUUGUGCUAUACAUGGGCUUUCUGUGGUUAGCCAUGAGGCAAGGGGGUCUGAGGAGAGGAUCUACAUCAUCAACCACAGGAAACCCAAAACAGGAAACUUGAAAAGAAUGCCAGUGAUUUGAGAGGACUGAAGAUUGGCAAGAAUAAGAUGAUGGUGUGAUUCCAAGAAAAAUAUUCUAAGAGCUACCCAGCUUUGUAUACAUUACAGGCUUUAACAACAAAACAGUGUUUCUGUUAGAAAUAUAACUAUGGGCAAGUUUAACAGGAAUUCCAAGAAUUCCCCUACAUCAUCAAGGAAAUAGACCAUGUAUUUUGAUAAAAGAGUUUUCAAAAAACAUGUUUUGGCUAUCAGUCAAAAACAAUUUUAUAACUUAAGAAACAUUCCUUUCAGCUGCUGAAUGAAUACAAUGGUUUAAACAUGUACCCACAAUAUAUUUAUUCAAAGUUGUGUCCUUGUUUUGGCUAUCUAAAACUCCUCACACAAGAAAAUUCUAUUCUUUAGCUCUGUAUUUCCCAAAAGGUAACAUGAAUGUUUUUUUUUCAUACAAUGUCAAUUACGAAUACUAUUUCCAGGACAGAAAAUGUUGGCGUUGAGAGGUUCUGGGGAAAUUUGCUCUUUGGGGAGAAGAAUUAAUUUUUGGAAUUGCACAUUAUGAUUUGUGUGCUCCCUGAAAAAACCGUAAUAUGUAAGAAAUUGAGCAAGUGUUUAGACCAUAAUUUGGAAAUCGUUCCUAAUUACUAGGGUUAAGAUAUAUUUUAUAAUAAAAUGUUCACCACAUUUUCAAGUAUAAAAAAACAGAUAAAAGAUAUUUGGGUGAAAUAGUCA